AUGUUAAUAUUAGCCUGCCUUUAUUCCAUUUAUGGCCUUUAUCCCUUUUACGGCCUUUAUUCCUUUUAUGGUAUUAGUGACAGAAUGGAAUUACUUCCAUUAAUUACAUUAAUGACACUUCGAGAAUUAAUGCCAUUUCGCUACGAAGUUCAACCUUAA